AUGUGCAAGUACUGGAAGAAAACGCACACCUGCACGCACCCCUCAGACCGCCCGUACAUCGAAAUGUGCCGCCCCGGCUUCCUGACCAACACGGUGUGCGGGGACAUAUGCGACGACCCCGUGCUACGUCGCAGCCACUUCCCGUGCUGGCCGUGCAUUAAAACGCUGGGCCGUGUGGAUGCAGAGGAGAAGCUACGCGCUGAAUAUCUCCAGGUUGCGACUGCGGAGAAGGCGCGCGAGCUGAGUGCCAAAGCGCGGUUCGAGGCGGAUAAGAAGGGCAGGGAUGAGCGGGUCAGGCGCGGUGCGCGAGAGAAGGCUGAGCGCGAGAGGGCGGUCGAGAUGAAGGUCAGAGCUGAGAGGGAGAGGGAGGCGGAGCGUGCGAGGCGCGAGGGCGGACAGUGGAUGCUGGCUGAGGCGGGCAGCGGGAAGAAGAAGAAGAGGGGCAGUGGGCCGGGGAGUCCUGUGAGUCCCUCCACGGUGGUGGGUGGCAGACAGGAUAUGCGGAAGGAAAACGGGUCUGUUGGUGGGAAUAUUGCGUGGAAGGAGGACAAGAGCGAAGUGAGCGGUCGUGCUGGGAUUUGGGGCCCGAAGAAGAUUCUCAGCCGGAAGGAGGAUGCGAGUGUCCCAACCAACCGUGUGGAUUCACCCAUCGACACAGACGGUACGAAGAAGUGA